CGUCGCCUAGUCGGCUUCGCCUCCGCUUCCUCGUCUCGUCUCCCUCCCCCUAUUUAUCCCCGCCCACCCAGCGCCGCCAUUUUAUUCGCUUCGUCAGAACUCAAAAUCUCAAAUUCCAGACUUCCAGAGGCGAGCACAGGAGGAGGUUGGAAAAAUCCAUCCAUGGGGGAUGAGAAGGCUGCUCCGAAGGCGGGCGCCACCGCCGACCCGGUGGUGCUGAGGAUGGAGUUGCAUUGCGCCGGCUGCGCGCAGAAGGUCAAGAAGUCCAUCAAGCACUUGGCCGGGGUGGAGUCGGUGGCGGCGGACGUGGCGACGAACACGGUCGUCGUGGCGGGGACGGCCGAAGCGGCCGCGCUCAAGGCGAGGAUCGAGGCGAAGACCAAGAAGCCCGUCGAGGUUGUCUCCGCCGGCGGCGGUGGCGCCGCCGCCAAGAAACCCGCCGCCGAGCCCAAGGCCGUCAAGGACGAUGGCGGCGAGAAGAAGGACGCCCAGGCGAAAGAGGAGAAGGGGAAGAAGCAACCGCCAGAGGAGAAGAAACCCAAAGAGGAAACGGUGCUGCUCAGGAUUCGCCUCCACUGCGAUGGCUGCGCCGACCGCAUCAGGCGACGCAUCUACAAGAUCAAAGGGGUGAAGGAAGUGGUAAUGGACGGCAAUGCCAAGGAUGAGGUGAAGGUGUCGGGCACAAUGGACGUGCCGGCCAUGCUGACCUAUCUCACCGAGAAGCUCAACCGCGCCGUGGAGGCCGUGGCGCCCGGCAGCAAGAAAGACGAGAAGAAGAAGGACAAGGGCGGUGACGCCGACGGCGGCGAGAAGAAGAAAGACGCCGCCGGCGGCGACAAGAAGGACAAAGGCAAGAGCAUCGAGGUCGCCGGCCCGUCCACCGCCGCCGCCGCGGCGUCCAUGGCGCCGGCGCCGGCCGAGGCGAGCACGUACCACGUCUCGCCGUACGGCCACGGCUACUUCGCGUACCCGCAGCAGCAGGGACCUCCCCCCAGCUACUACCAGUACUACGGCGGCGGCAAUGGCGACGGCGUGGGCUACGCCAACCCCAAUGCCGGCGGCGCCGGCGGCUACUACCACCCCCACCCCAACGACGUCCCUACCUACCAGCCGCCGCCGUCGUACCCGCCGUACCCCUACCAGCUCGACAUGUCGCCGGCGCCGCAGCUGUUCAGCGACGAGAACCCCAACGCCUGCUCGGUGAUGUGAUCGCCAUGUCUCCGGCGACAGAGCUCAGAGGCCAAUCUGACGACAUGUACAUACCGAGGACUUUAGACUUAGAAGAUCAGAGGCAUCCACCAAACGUGUUGUUAUGCUUUCGAUCAAUUUUUGUCCAAACUUACCCCUUCUGUUGUAGCGUCAUUUUUUUUAGAUCAAUUCUUGACUGGUUAAGCGAAAUUUGAUUUUAACUAGAGUAUUAGCGGAUGAAAUGGACUGAUGGAGUGAUGAUCUUUUGGUCGCAAAAUGCGUGCCUAGUCAGAGAUGUUGGUUGAA